AUGGCUGCCCACCCAGAGCCUACUACUAAUAGACGCGAGAGCAUGCAAUACACCAAACAUCCGUCUCUGGCUAUAUUAGAGAGCGAGGAUAACGCAACUAUCCGCCAGAGAUAUCGCCCCUUCAUUAUCGAAGAUGACGCAGCCGAGGACUGGGUCACUAACCUCGAGUUGACAACAGCCAUGGACAUGGCAGCGCAGGAACUGCACAAGUCAAGCAACAACAGAAUAAAAGUACUGGUGCUGUACGGCAGUCUCCGUCAGAGGUCGUAUUCUCGCCUGGUGGCGCUGGAAGCCAGCAGGAUCCUCUUUCGCCUGGGAUGCGAUGUCCGCGUGUUCAACCCGGACGGUUUGCCAGUCAAGAAUGAUACCGACCACAAUCAUGCCAAGGUGCAGGAGCUCCGGGAUCUCAGCCAGUGGAGCGACGGACAUGUUUGGAUAUCGCCUGAACAGCACGGAAAUCUGACCGCCGUAUUCAAAAACCAAAUCGACUGGAUCCCACUUAGCACGGGAAGCGUGCGUCCUACUCAAGGCCGAACUCUUGCUAUUGCGCAAGUAUGCGGCGGAUCGCAAUCGUUCAACGCGGUCAACUCGCUGCGUCUUCUCGGUAGAUGGAUGCGCAUGUUUACGAUUCCGAACCAGUCGUCUAUCCCCAAAGCAUACACGCAUUUUCCCGAACAAGGUCAGCCGGGUGACCAAAGGUUGCUAGCCAGUGAUAACCGAGAUCGACUGGUGGAUUGUAUGGAGGAGUUUAUGAAAUAUACCAUUCUUAUGCGGCCGCACCUGCAGCUGUUUGGUGAUCGAUUCAGUGAGCGGAAAGAGAAGCGGAUUAAGGAGGAGAAGAUGUUGUCAAUUUAG